AAUUCAGCAACGACAACCUCAUACACACGACAAGAUGUCCAGACUAGCCAACCGUGCCGACUGGGCCGACGACGAGGAGUUCGACGACCCCUCCGCUCUCCCCGCGCAACAAGUGACAACCAACAAAGAUGGCACCAAGACGGUGGUGUCGUACCGCUUCAACGACGAGGGCAAGAAGGUGAAAGUCACCCGCCGGAUCAAGACCACUGUUGUCCGCGAGCACGUCAACCCCCAGGUUGCGGAGAGACGGUCCUGGGCGAAAUUCGGCCUCGAAAAGGGCCAUGUCCCGGGCCCGUCGUUCGACACCACGUCCGUGGGCGAGAACAUCAUCUUCCGGCCUAGCACCAACUGGAAGGCCCAGGCCAAGGAGGCGGAGAAGGCCGGGGGCGAGAAGGGCAGCAUGAAGGACCAGCUGAAGGACAAGAAGGUCAAGUGUCGUAUCUGCAGCGGCGAGCACUUUACCGCUCGCUGUCCUUUCAAGGAUACCAUGGCGCCUGUCGACGAGCCCGCCGCUGGCGCCGGGGGAGACCUGGAUCUCGAAGGUGAACCAGCGUCCGGCGCUCUCGGCAGUGGAACCUCCAGCUACGUCCCCCCUCAUCUUCGGAAAGGUGCUGCAGGUGCUGCUGCUGGCGGCGACAAGUUGGGUGGCAAGUACGAGAAGGACGACUUGGCGACUCUGAGAGUUACGAAUGUGAGCGAGUUGGCAGAGGAACAGGAACUCCGGGAUUUGUUCGAACGUUUUGGCCGUGUCACCAGAGUCUUCCUUGCCAGAGACAGAGAAACCCAGCGGGCCAAGGGAUUCGCCUUCAUCAGUUUCGCGGAUCGGAGCGAUGCCUCACGGGCUUGCGAGAAGAUGGAUGGCUUCGGUUACCGCCAUCUCAUUCUUCGCGUCGAGUUCGCCAAGCGGACAACUUAAAAAGACUGCUGCAUCUUACUUUACGACACCUUGGAUCUUUUCUUCAGGCGGGCUUGAUUCAUGGCUUAGGA